AUGAAGCCUAAAAACCCUUUGACAGUACCAGUCACCAGUCAUACCGAAAUCUAUCUAUCUAUCUAUCUAUCUAUCUAUCUAUCUAUCUAUCUAUCUGUCUGUCUGUCUGUCUCUAUCGAUCUAUCUAUCAUCUCUUUCUUUUUUCUUUCUCAUUCUCUCUCACUCUCUCUCUCUCUAUCUAUCUAUAUUCUUUCUCUCUCUCUCUCUCUCUAUCUAUCUAUCUAUCUAUCUCUUUAUCAAUCAAUCAAUCAAUCAUUCUCUUCAUAUCUAUCUAUCUAUCUAUCUAUCUAUCUAUCUAUCUAUCUAUUGAUCAGUCCAAAUCUUUUUAUAUCUAUCAAUCUAAUACUUUCUUUUUUCAACCUCCUUAAUUUCUUUCUUUCUUUCUGUAGUUUCCUAGAGAAUUUCUAUCUUUCUUGCUUUCUGUCUUUCUUUCUUUCUUUUAAAAAUCACUUCUUCCUCUUAGUUUGUCUCUCUCCCUUCUCCUACCUUCUUCAUUCUUCUUUCCCCCACUUUUUCUUUUACCUUUUACUUUGUCUUCCUCUUGUUCCUUUUCAACUCUUUCUUUCUUUCUUUCUUUCUUUCUUUCUUUCUUUCUUUCUUUCUUUCUUUCUUUCUUUCUCCAAAGACUCAUUUUGA